AUGGCCAAAAAGAACGAAAAUCCAUCUCUUCCUUCGGUCGUCCCGGCCAAACGUCCCGUUCGCCGGAGCUCGCGGACAGUGGCAGCCAAGCGUCCGCGACAGGUCCAACCCGGCUCGGUUACUGAGACUGUUAUUGAGAGCGAUAAUAGUUUCCAGGAGCGCGAUGAUCGGGCGGGCGACGGGGUCGGCGUUGGGAUAGGUAAUCCCGAGCACGAAGGAGACGUGCAUGGAAACAUCAGUGUUGGCUAUCCGGCGGAGUUUCAGCAAGAUGAGGGACGAGGCGAAGAGGUUGCUCACCAGACCGGGGAUACAGAAAUGGUUGCUGGGCUGGGCUCUGGUAAUGACUUGACGUCUUGUUGCGCUGCUAAGCAGCUUCGUCGGCUGAACAUUGCGGCACCAUGGGUUGACGACCAAGCAGGGCGAGAAGGCUGUCUAAACACCGCGCCCCCCUCACACCUUGCCGAAGAACAUCAAACUCCACCCGUUUCUGAUACAGAGAUGCAGCUAAAGUCAAUCGCUGUAAGCUCCAGCGAACCCGCAACGGUCAAUGUCACAGCCACGGUACUGCAGCUAGGACCUUCUGCACCAUUUGGAGCCCAUCUAGGCGACGAGUGCUCAGCUGCGCCAGCUUUGCCCAACGGUAACGGAAGCUUUCAAGCCACUGCCGAAACUGUCGGAACUGCCGUACGUUCGGACCAAUUCACGGACGCUACCUAUCCUGUUGCCCUGUACGAAGACAGCGCCACGCGAGCAAUGCCGGAAAUAGCCACCGUUCCGCCUAACGAGACUGAGCAAGAGAAAGCCUUUCAUCGACUAUCUAACCAUGUUGCCAGUCUAGAGAUUUACGCAGAGCGAGUCCGAUCGGAGCUUUCAGCGAAGACCAGUGAGAACGAGGCUCUUGCGAAAGAAGUGGAUGAGCGGGACAAACGUAUUCAGGAACUCGAGAAAGCUCUUGCAGCUCGACCUAAGGAAUUUCUGAGCGCGACGCAGGCGGAAGAUAUCGAGGGCGUGGAGUACACAAAUAAGGAUGCGCGGAUACAGGAGCUGGAGGGGUGUGUUGUGGACCAAGCAAUCAUGACGGUAUCCCAGGCCAAAGAAAUCAAGAAACUCACGGAGGCUUUGAAGGAGUACGAGGCGCGUAUACAGGACGCUCGCGAGCUCAAAACCGGUCUCUGCAAUGUUGUUCAGGAAAAGAUGUGA